AAGAUCAAUUAAUUUCUAGGCUGAACACGUCCACAAGGUUCGUCGACGCUUGGAACAUUCAACCUGAAUGCAUCGUCGCGGCCUACAACGUGUAGCUGAUCGAGCCACAUCCUCAUACUCCAUACGAUGCUACUCUACUGCAUCUUCUUCAAAUCCGUCGCCCUCUUCUAAGCUCAAGAAAAGGCCUCCUAGAAAAGGUGUUGUUGGCGACAUUGUCACCGACAGGCUAGUAAAGUCGGCGGCCUUUGGAGCCAAACAUGUUCCCCAGGUAGAGUCCAGGGAGCGUAAUAAAGCUCGUCGCUCAGGCAGCGCUCAAAAUGCUGGUCCAAACUCAGUGAAGGAACCGGCGGUCGCUUACCCAGUGAGGGGAGGUGAAUAUCGUUACCUGGAGAAUGCAAUCAGGAGAGCCAAUACACCUGGAAAUUUGCCUUCUCCGGAGAAGGUCAAAUUUGUCACUACUCCGGAAUCAGAGCUGGAUGAGUUGCAGGGCUUCGCUGUCGGGUCGGAUGUGAACGUAGAGAGUAUUCGAAGUGGUGCUGGCUCAUUCAUCGAGAUGCGGAGAAACAACCAGGUCAUUCACGGUGUCAUCUUGGGUACCCUUCUGAUGGAUGGAAUGCAGCAGAUUAUAUCUUUGACAAACACCGGCGAAGUCAUCGACCAUUUUGCUGAAGACGUGCACUUCUCAAUACCAGACUACGUCGACAAGGACCUCAUAACUCGUUGCACUAUCGAGUUUAUUGCGGAGAAUGAGCAUCAAAUCGCAGCUAGGGUUAGGGCGCUGAAGAAAAUCCGAGAACUAGAAAGAAGAAUCGAGGUUGAAUUCAAUCGUAUUGCGCCUCUCAUGAACAAUGCGUAUGACACCUUCAAGUCUUCAAACCCAUCGGAAUGGGCGCACGCGACUACGUCCCAGAUUGCGACUCUGGUCGGUCCUGUUGAAUCGCUGUCACCCGUGACCAUCAUUGCUGUGCACAAACAUAUCAUGCAGCGGAGUGUGCAUUUCGUGGCCAACCAGUCCCAGUUCCUUGCUACUCACCUUUUCUGGAUUCGGCCCCAGGAACAAAUCGACGACUUGGCUGUGGUUGAAGAUAUGGUCCACCGAAAGGACCCUCUUCUCGAUGCAUUCGCAGCAAAAGCAAGACAGCUGAUUUUGCGUAACCGCGAAAUCCUUACAUCGACGUCGUCUCUGCCUCCGGCGGUGAAACCGCAACCCGAUAUUCAAUUCACUGAUCAAGAAAAAGUGAUCGUACGUUUCUUAAAGGCCGUACUGCGUUCCCAACGAUCCACACAAAAAGACCCAUAUAUUGUACCAUCAUCCUUCAUUCUGAAAAAAAUCGCUUACCAGCAGCCGAGCGAAGAUCUGGUUCAUUUCGAGCUCAUCGGAAUUGAUGACGCAACCAUUUCUCGGUUCCUAGUCGAUUUAGGUGUCUUGACUGCCUGGGACGAUCCAAACACCGGCAAGAAUGAGCUCCACUUCUUGCACGAAAAGGGACUAGAACAGCAGAUAACUAGUGUUACUUGUGCAGUAGACCCUUCUCUUCGGUCUCUCGGUCCAACGGAUCUUUACCCCAAGGACAUCGUAGAGUCACUUCGACAUGACUUCGGUAACCUCCCGGCGUAUAUUGUGGAUGAUGUAGGGGCCGAGGAACUAGACGAUGCCUUGUCAGUAGAACCCGUUGCCGGUGACCCCUCUUCAUACUGGAUACACGUCCAUAUUGCCGAUCCUACUUCUAUCCUUCCGCCGACUCAUGAAGUUGCUCAGCAGGCACAUCGUCAAACGACGUCGUUAUACUUCAUCCAUCAAACACUCCCUAUGUUGCCUAAAGACUCCGUUUUCGAGGCCUUAAGUCUUGGCUCCGGCCGUGAUUCUGGCAGACCUGACAAAACCCUCUCAUUCAGCUUCAAGCUGGAUCAUGCGGGCGAGAUCGUUGAUUACAAGGUGCGAGCUGGGUUAAUUAGGAACACCCAUAUCGUCAAAUACAAUGAGAUGGACGCAGCCCUGGGAUUGCCUCGAUCAAACUUAUACUCUUAUCCCUUUCCUGGUACGGAGCGGGACAUUUCAUUACGCACCUUCCCCAAGUCCGAUGUCACCAAUAUGCGUACACUCCAUUUCUUGGCCAAACGAUUACUCGAUGCCCGACUUCGAACAGAUGCACUCUCCACACACGUACGGGAUGUCGAAAUAACAAUGUCACCCAGACCACCUCCCUCCAAUCCCUUCGAUGUCUCACAGCCUAUUCAGUCUAUCGGAUUUCCCACAUUGGAUUAUAGGGUGCGAGAUGAAAACUCGGAGUUCCUCGACUCACGAGGAGUCAUCUCGGAAAUGAUGAAAACUGCAAGUAGGGUUGCCUCCAGGUUCUUCCGUGACCAUAACAUUCCUGCCAUUCGACGAAGCGCUGGACGCAUGACCACCGCUUCGGAGGAAACGUUUGGGGACUUGUUGGCCAUACGAGACCCAAUGGGUAACAUCCCCUAUGUUGAUCUCGUUCGUGCCAACGGCGUUUUCCCUGCCGCCCAAUAUACGACGAAGAUUAAUGGACAUUGGCAAUUGGGUAUUCCGGAUGGCGAGGGAUACACUCGAGUGACUUCCCCGCUCCGUCGCUACGCGGACAUUGUCGCGCAUUGGCAAAUCAAACACGCAUUAGUCUCGCCCGCUUCUGCCCCUUUCUUCAGUGAGGAUUGGAUGAACACUUUCAUCGUCGAAUUCUCAGCCAAGGAGGCGAGAUUGAGGAAGAUAGAGUUGUGGCAUAGGGCAAAUUGGGCCGUCAAGUUCCUUAAACGCUGGAUUGCUCAUCCUGAAAAUCACAAAGACGUUGAAGAUCCCCUUCAAUCCCUCACUUGUGUUGUCGUCGCUGCAACGACGGAGGAUCGCAUCACUCGGAGUUUCCACACUCAAGUCUUGCUUCCUGAGAUUGGCUUACGGGGAGUCCUGAGAGGGCUCUCUAGUGGGGAGGAGGUCCAAAUUGGUGAUGUCUUGCCAGUGAAAUUGGGAGACUUGAAGACUGGACUUAAGCCAGCGAUCGGGGUGGUUCGUAGAUAGACAAGUAUUUAGGUAUGAUCUAAUCACUAUUCCUAGUAGCACAUUGUAAUCAGAAGUCCCAGUCAAUACUACCACCAUUCUCCAACGUAAAAUAUCGAAGUCCACGAAAUCGUUAUCAAGUCCAAUCAGUUUGUUAAUCGUCGAAACCCAUUUCCGCCAUCCUCUUGGCGCGUCGCAGAGCUGCGCGUUCUUCCUCAGUCAGACAAUACCAACCUUCCACGCUAUCUUCAAGUUCCAUCUCCCAUUUCUCCUCCAGCUCAAGUUGUUUCUUAGUCUUCUUCGGCGGCGGUAGACGAGGCGGAGGAGGUGGCGGUGUCCGACGAUGUGGAUGCAAAGGUGCGAUUUUCCUCAGCAAGCUGCGAGAAGCCUUCAUAUAAGGCGAGUGAGUGGGACGUGUAGAAGCAAAGGGUGAUCCGGGAAUGGAGUUGACUUUGCGAAUGAGUUCAGACAUCGGUGUAGAUUUUUUAGGGAUCGAGUACAAUCGUGAUGAGUUGC